UCUCUCUCUCUCUCUCUCUCUCUAAAUUGUUGCUUUGGAAGCGAUUCAAUCUUUUGUUGUUGGAUCGAUUUGGGAAGGGAAGUGAUUAGGGUUUUGUAGCUGUUUGUUUGAUGAUUGUAGAGCAUAUACAAGUUAAAAAAAUGGAGGCACAGUACAUAAGAAGAUACCACAGGCACCAACCCAGGGAGCACCAGUGCACUUCCUCUGUUGUUAAGCAUAUCAAAGCUCCUGUUGAUAUCGUUUGGUCAUUGGUGAGGCGAUUUGAUCAACCACAAAACUACAAGCCCUUUGUUAGUAGGUGUAUCGUGCAAGGGGACCUUAAUAUUGGGAGUGUCAGAGAAGUGAAUGUGAGGUCGGGCCUUCCGGCCACGACCAGCACCGAGAGGCUGGAGCUUCUUGAUGACGAGGAGCACAUCCUUGGCAUCAAGAUUGUUGGUGGUGAUCAUAGGCUAAAGAACUAUUCUUCGAUCAUUACUGUUCAUCCAGAGAUAAUGGACGGUGGGAGACUGUGCACAUUAGUGAUUGAAUCCUUUGUGGUGGAUGUACCUGAUGGUAACACUCAAGAGGAGACAUGCUACUUCGUUAAGGCCUUAAUCAAUUGCAAUCUCAAAUCUUUGGCUGAUAUCUCAGAGAGAAUGGCCACGCAUGGUAAUUGAGUCUGAGUUGGUGGCUUGGGGGAUUGUGCAAGAGUCUGAAGUCCGUUACUAAGCCAUACGAGUGUUUCAAAUCCAGAAGCUUUGGAGAGAUGGGUUAGAGCAGAUCUUCCAUUUCUCUGAGGUUCUGAAAACAGUCUGGUUGUAGCUUUUCCAUUUUCCUGUUUUUUAUUUGCUUGCUUUGGUUUCUUUUUCUUACCAUUGAAGAGACGUUGGGGUUCAUCUCCAUAUAGCCUCAGAAUUCCGGGAAAUGACUGAGGGUUUGCUUACCCUCUACUAUUAUAAUUCCUGGUUCUGAGCACCUUGUUAUGUAAGAUAAUUUGGAGCACCGUGUUUUGUGUAAGAUAGUGUGCUACUACAUUUGUAAAUAUUUGUGCAGAAAUUUCCAUGUCGUAGGUGCAGCUCCUGGUUUGCUGGGAACCUUUGAGUAGCUGUGUUUCCUUUUAGGAACUCUUGUAUAUAUAUGAUGCAACUCUUCCAGGCAUUAUGAGUAAACAGUUGGUGUUGCUUUUAUUUCUUUGCUCCUUAUUCCUAGCUAUGCUUCAACCUUAUAAAUCGUUCUGGUUAUA